AUGUCCGCCUCUUCACGUAAUCUGCAUAACACGGACAUUGCUCAUUUUCUUCCGAAUAAACAACAACAUGCCCCUUUGACUACAGGCUCAACAACUCGCUAUACAAUUCUCAGGAAGCUGGGGAGAGGGAAACUUUACUCUACUUGGUUGGCUUCAGAUUCUUCAUAUGAGAUGCUAAGAUACUGUGCCAUCAAAAUUCUCACCGUUCAUGAUACCAAACCUCAUCAUGAUGGUUGUCUGCUCGAGUUGCAACUCAUGCAAACUAUCGCACAAUCGACCAGGAUAUCCUUUCUACCUCGCCUUCGUGACCACUGUGAGAUAAAUGGACCUCAUGGUAGACAUCUCUGCCUCGUUCUCCCUGCUCUUUUCAAAAUUAUGAUUGCUGAAGUCUUGGAAGCCUUGACUCUACUGCAUGCCACAAAUAUCAUACACACAGAUCUCAAGCCGGACAACGUGCUGUUUGACGAGGGGAACGUCACGCAGAUUAUUCAGGAGCUUCUCGUCCAGGCUCAUCAGAUCGUCAACGGUGAAUUUGAAUUGAAUGGCGCGCAUCAUCCCAUCAUGCGAUCGCAGCCUAUUGCUCAUCCUCUUCGAUGGAACGACUGCGGUAUCAUGAUAGAAUUGUACACGGCUUAUGUGACGGAUUUCAGAAAUGCGCAAUGGACCAAUGGAAAACCUCCGACGAGAACCACAAGUUCAUAUGACUUGCAUGCUCCAGAACAUAUCCUCGAGGCCAACUAUGGUGCCAAGGUGGAUGUGUGGGCGCUCGGCUGCAUGCUGACAGGGGAAUGUUUCUCUGAAAAGCUCCUCACGAGGUCUCCGAAGCAUAAUGAGGGUUUUGCUGAGAGCGGUCAGUGCACCUUUCCUUAUGGCGCCCGCUUCAUUUCCAUUGAAAAUGAUUGCAGUUUACCGGAAUCAGAAGCCGCUGCCGCGUUCAUCCAUGCGUGCUUGUACUUGGAUCCAGAAGAACGAUUUUCGGCCCAUAACUUGUGCCUACAUCCAUGGAUGGAGUCUGCACAUAUAUGCUGCUAG